AUGGCCUCCAGACCGCAACAUUCGCGAGCUUUUCUCAAUAAUGAAGGAUUUCGAAACACCGACCACGGCCUCCUAUCGGAUUAUAUAAGUAGUAUUUCACAUUUUGACGCGAAGUCAGCUGGAAGUUUGUACUCGGUCGAAACUGCGGUGCAUUCGGGUCCGUAUGAUCGUUACUCCGCCCUUGAUUCAUCAUUACUUCUGCCGGGUGGAUCAAUUACACGGAGGGGUAUCAGCCUCAGCCGGGGGGACGGCCAAGCAUCGGUUGAACGCGGAGAAUGGGGAAUAGUGGAUGCACCUCGUCUAGUACGAGAAAUGUAUUGGUGCUCCGAGCAAUCAGACGACUGCAAUGACUUUAUCAUUCUCAAUAUCGAAGACGAGAACCAUGUGUACGGCUCUGAAGUUUGGGUCAGCUUCCAGGUUUAUUGUCAAGGGGAGACUUUGCGCCUCAGUAACACAGCGCCUUCAAUGGGGGAAUUAUUCAAUCAUGAGAUGGCACCCCGUGCAAGCAUUUCUUUCAAAAACGGAAUCAACUAUGAUGCGAUGCUGCAUACUCGUGAGACGAUAGCUCGUAUGCACCAAAUUCGGUCUAAAAGCAAAGACCAAGCAUCUUGUGCGGCAGAUUUUGCUGAAAUGUUAAGCCUAAAUAUUGGAGAAGGAGCGGGACUUUGUACACCUCAGGAUCUUUGCGAGAUUUGGCCAGCCACUCCGACAUCAGACCGCCGCCUUUUUGAACUUCAGUGGUACGAAAUUCCGGAUGGUUCUGGCGCUGAAUUUGCUGUAGUGCUUAUAAACGGAAGUUCGGACCUUUCGUCUUACAAAGAUUGGUGGGUGCGGCUGGAGAGAGUUGAAUUGAGCGAUUGUGCUAUAAUUUCGAUGAGCCAUGAUGAAGUUGUCCAUCCUGGCGAUGGAUCGGAACUUAAACAUAAGGUUACGUUUGAUGGUGGAAUACCAUUCGCGCAGGUAAUCAGUAUUCUGCGGAGCAUACCUGUUGGGUCGAACCCGAUUAUAGAGGAUUGCUGGUUUUACGCUGCCACUCUUGCGCAUAAAAUCACUAUGCAAGUUGGUGAUGAUCUUGGCGAGUGUUCCAUUGAGGACCUAAUCGAAAUAUGGUCAGGAGAACGGGGCUCAUAUAUGCGUGUGAACCGCGCUCAGGCCAUGCAGGAAGAUGACGACUUUGGGAAUAUAUCUCAUUUUCUGUUGUUGAAUAUUUCCGAUGACCCGCACGAAGGGCGUGGCGUGUGGGUCCGCCUCGAAAGGAAUCCGGAGGUCGGGAGUAAGGCUUAUUUCUCAAGGAAUCGUAGGCGACUCUUGAAAAAAGAUGCAAACAUCGCGUCAGAUGUCGCUUUCGAGACUCUCAAAUUUGGAGAAGCAAUGAGUGCGCUCAAAACACUUGAUAGACAGCCAAGCAUGCCUGUUGAGACGAUCAACAACGAUUUUCCGCGUAGGCUUCUUCGUGAGUUGACUUCGCGCCGCGAGUACGUGCAUUGGAUCAAACGCGAAAAUUGA